AUGCCGCGUGUGCACCAAUAUGCCCCUGUUCGUCUGGGCACACAGACAGACACGAACAAGCGGGCCAAACCACCACGACCGAAAGAGCCUGGCACGCAACCGUACCACGCGGGGGAUAGGAAACGUAGCGCAUUGCGUGCCCGGUCGGUGCGUCUGUCUAUCGUUCCCCUGAAUCCGAUAUACCGACGUAAAUUAUGUGGUCCCGACUGUCCAUUCGCUUCAGUCAGGAAAUCCUUCUCGCCGCGCGCUUUCGACCGGAAUACAUUACGUGAAUUUUGGUGUAAACGAUUAAUCCAAAGAAUGGCCUUCAAAAUUGACGACUUCACCAUCCAAGAAGACCAAGUGAAAACUGCCAAGGACGUUUUCAAACGGUAUGACAAACGAGGUCAGGACAAGAUCAGCACCACCGAUCUGGGUCCAGCUUUUCGAGCGCUUAAUUUGAAAGUCAAACCGGAUACGUUGAAAGAAUGGGCCGAUCAGGUUGAUGAUGACGCUACCGGAUUUAUCGAUUUUAACGGUUUCCUGAUCUGCUACGGUAAGAGCCUUCAGGAAGAACAAGACGAACGUGAUUUGCGAGACGCAUUCCGUGUGCUCGAUAAGAAUAAGCGAGGAGAAAUCGAUGUUGAAGAUCUGAGAUGGAUCCUGAAAGAAUUGGGUGAUGACCUCACCGAGGAAGAAAUUGAUGACAUGAUUCGUGACACGGAUACCGACGGUUCAGGUUUCGUUGAUUUCGAUGAAUUCUACAAACUGAUGACCUCGGAGUAG